AUGGCUCGAACGAAACAGGCCACGCCGUCGCGCAGAGUCCCGUCCUCUGAUUCCUUCAGCAAGGGAGAUCCUAUAGGGACGCCGAGUCGAAAAGCACGAGAUUCAGACAAGAAGGAGACGAUGAACGGACAUGCGAAUGGCGGGGUCCUCAACAGUCUUGCUCCUCCUGUACGAAAGGAAGCCGGUGCAUUGCAAUUCCUAACUGCUGUCGGUGGUAUCUACGGGUCAUUUCUCACCUGGGCUCUUCUCCAAGAGCGCCUGACGACCACGCCCUAUGGACCAGCAGACUCUCCCGAACUUUUCAAAUUCCCCGUCUUUUUGAAUACCGUGCAAUCCCUCUUCGCAGCCACCGUCGGCUACCUCUACCUCCGCUUCGACACGCCUCGAGGCUCGUCCCCCGCGCCCAUCUUCCCCAGCCGCCGUAUCGUCGGCCCUCUCUUACUCGUCGCCAUCACCUCCUCCCUGGCCUCCCCUUUUGGCUACGCGUCUCUCGCCCACAUCGACUACAUAACCUUCAUCCUCGCCAAAUCCUGCAAGCUGCUACCCGUCAUGUUUCUGCACAUCACGCUCUUCCAGCGUCGGUACCCGCUAUACAAGUACCUCGUCGUGCUCGCCGUCACCUCCGGCGUCGCCGUCUUCACCUUGCACGCAUCCUCAGGAAAAGCACAUGCCAAGCCCUCCAAAGCCUCCACGAACCCGGACCGCAACACAGCCUGGGGUCUGCUGCUGCUCUCCAUCAACCUCCUCUUCGACGGCCUCACCAACACCACGCAAGACCACAUCUUCCAGAUGUUCCCGGCGUACAAGGGACCGGCCAUGAUGUGCGCGAAUAAUAUCAUGAGCACGCUGCUCACCUUCUCGUAUCUGGCGCUGUCCCCGUAUCUCGUGAGCACGGGAAUCGGCGCUUACCUAGGCAUGGAUAUCGCGGUCGGGGAUGGCGAGUUUGGUGCCGCGGUGGGGUUUUUGAGAAGACAUCCGAGCGUUUGGUAUGAUGUUUUGGGAUUCUCGCUUUGUGGGGCUGUUGGACAGGUGUUUAUCUUCUACACCCUAUCAACCUUCUCCUCCCUCCUCCUAGUAACCAUAACCGUCACCCGCAAAAUGCUCACCAUGAUCCUCUCCGUACUCUGGUUCGGCCACCGCCUCGGCGGAAAACAGUGGCUCGGCGUCGCUUUGGUGUUUGGUGGUGUAGCUGCUGAGGGCGUUAUGAAUAGGAGGGAGAAGCGAAGUUAG